CCAACUGCAUCAUUUCACCAGUUUUGCUAAUUAUUCCUUCAUAAAAUAUAUGACAAUCUCUUGGCGGUUAUAGUUUUGGUGGGUCAUAUUCCUUGCCUCUCCACUGAAUUGGUUUGUUGGGCUGCAGUUGUAUAUGUCGAAGAGCCAGAGGGCAACAACUCAAUCAUGCAGGAAGUCACCUUUUCUUCUGCAACACCCAUCAUGUAGCUACAUCGCUACAGCACCCAUCAUGUAACUACAGCUAGAGUCUUGAUGAUCAAGCAGAAGGGAAGCAUCAGAGAGGUCUGCUUUCUCUCUCAUUCAACCACCACACCCAUUUUCUGGAAAACCUGAAACGGGUCUAGGUUUUCUCGAUUUCUGCUUGAAGAACAGGACACUCUUAUUGGCUGCCUUGGUUUUUGAAGGCAGUUAAUAUCCUGGGGAAAGAAAGAGACCAGCCUUUGUUUCAUUUGGGAUUUGGAAGAAGAAAGGAGAAAAGCUCAUUUCUUGACCACCAACCUUGUUGCUUCCUGGUUCUCAAAAACUUAUGUUCUUCUUCUGUUCUUAGCGGCCAAACAUUUGAGAAGAUAUAAAGAGAGGGCCCUCUGGAAAAGGCUCUUGUCAAUCACCAACACCCAAAAACUCUGACGGUUAAAGUUGCCGGGCUUCCGAGAAAAAUGAUUUCUUGGGUUUGUGGGCUUUCAGAGUGAUGCACCUUUUGGUAUCCAGACGGACUAAUGGCGACCUUGGUUCCUGGAGUUCUUUUGAAGCUGCUUCAGCAUAUGAAAACAGAUGUAAAGAUAGCAGGUGAGCACAGAUCGGUUCUUUUGCAGGUUAUAAGCAUCGUUCCUGCACUGGCCGGUGGAGAACUGUGGCCGAAUCAGGGGUUCUAUCUGAAGGUUUCUGAUUCCUCCCAUGCCACCUACGUUACCCUGCCUGAUGAACAUGAUGAUCUCAUCCUGAGCGAUAAGCUCCAAUUGGGUCAGUUCAUUCAUGUGGAGAGGUUGGAGUUUGCAUCCCCUGUACCCAUCCUGAGAGGCGUUCGCCCCGUUCCCGGCAGGCAUUCAUGUGUGGGAAGUCCGGAAGAUCUCACCGCAACUCAGUCUCUUUGCUUCCUCAGUCCAUCUGGUUCUGAUGGGGAGAAGAAGUCGAGCAAUAGGUCGGACAAAAAAAUCGGCGAGAAUGGGCCUUGGCAGAAAUCAAGGUCUGCGUCUAUUUCUUCAACGGGGGCGAAAGACAACAAACCGGCAUCGAAGCUCAAUGGGGACUCGGGGAAGAAAACUUUCAGCCGAUCAACGUCUCUUUCUCUGAAGUCGGUCGGUGGUUCCAAUAAGAAGGAAGGCAACGGCUCUGUUCCAUUGGCUCUCGCGGCGGCGAAAUUGAAGCCGCUGAAUGUCCGAUCCAUCCCUUCAUCGCCGACGAGCUGCUUCUCGUUGCCGACUUCGUUCGAGAAGUUCUCUGCGGGAAUUAAGGAGCAGCAGGACAAGAUAAGGAGUUCCGUCUCUUCGAUUCAUUCUGUGGCUUCCAAGGGGUCGGCAGAGAAGACAGUUAGGCAAGGGCUGCUGAAGAAGGCAGCGUCCGUGUUAAGGGGAGGUCCAGCAGGCAAGGGCCUGAAGGCUGAGACUCCUGCAUUAUAUUCGUUUAAAGGGAUUGACUUGGGACAGAAGGCUCUCAGAAAGAGCUGGGAGGGAGUCAUCGAACUCAAAGGCAGGGAAACCUUAGGCCCCAAAGCUGUAAAGAAGGAAACCAGACAGGAUUCUCGUCCUUCUUCGGUUUCGUCGAAGAAAUUGGCUGCAAAUGGCAAAUCCUCAUCUAAGGAGGAAAAUAGUGCUCCGCCAUCCAAAAAAGCAUCCACUGAUAAAACUCCCCAGGCAUCUACAGAUAAAGCUCCAGCCACACCAGAAAAGUCAAGUAAGCCUAAGACAACUUUGGGAAAGAAAGUACCUGGAGAGGGCUGUAGUAGUACUAGUCCAGGAAACCUGGUUAAGAUUGCCCUUAACAGUAGAAAGUUGGCAGAGAACAAUAUUUCCUGGGCUUCCCUUCCACUCUCUCUAGCAAAGCUUGGGAAGGAGGUCAUGAGAUAUAGAGAUGCAGCACAACUAGCUGCUAUUGAAGCCAUGCAGGAAGCUUCUGCUGCAGAUAGCUUAAUUCGGUGCUUGAGUGUAUAUGCUGAACUGAACUCAUCUGCUAAAGAUGAUGAUCCACAACCUGCAGUUGAACAAUAUUUACAGCUCCAUGAAGACCUUGGUAGGGUCAGUUUGAUUGCUGAAUCCUUAUCUAAAUCGGUUCCUUCACCUGAAAAUCAAGAGUGUGACAAGGGAGAUACAGAAGAAGCCCUGAAAAUCUCAUAUGAUCAACAAAAGCAAGCUACUUCCUGGGUUCAAGCUGCAUUGGCCACAAAUUUAUCUCCUUUCUCUGUAUAUAGCCAUCGUUCCACUGGAUCUAGAGUGGCCCUAGUUCCUUCUGUUACGAAAAACAAACUAACCUCUUCUUCAUCUGAUCAUCCUGUGGUGAUUCUCGAUAGCUCUGGAAAAGCUGCAGCGCAGAAGCCACAGAGCAAAGUUCGGUCUCCCACCACUUCCAAGACAACAAUAGCAGGAGCACGGCGUGUUAUCGAUGGGUCAAUAACAGCACAGAAAAACCAGCUCCCACCUCCAGCAGAAUGGACUAAAGGAUCUGGGUUGUCGGACACUGCUGACUUGGCAACAAAAUUGAAAGCGACAUCUCAAGAAUGGUUCUUGGGUUUUGUUGAGAAAUUUCUGGAUGCAGAUAGCACUGUCACCACUGGAAACCAGUCAGUUUCUACUUCUGGGGUGCCAGACAAUGUUCACAUUGUCAACAUGCUAUCACAACUUAAGAGAGUGAAUGACUGGUUAGACGGAAUCAGUUCUGGAAAGGAAAAUGAUGAGGCUUGUUCUUUGUCAGAAACCAUUGAACACCUUAGGAAAAAGAUAUAUGAGUAUUUGCUUGUGCAUGUGGAGUCCGCUGCAGCUGCACUUGGUAACCAGUCAACUCCAGCACCAGUGCAGCCGAGUAAGGUUUCAGACUCAAAGCCUGCAAGAUGAGUUGUUGCUGCUUUCAAAGUUGUGAUACUUGAUUCCUGGGGUUGAGUUGCUGUUUUACUCUCCAUCCUUGUUUAUUUCCAUUGCAUGCACACCAGCUCUCUCGGUAUGCACUUUACCAAUUCAUUGCUGCACAUUAGCAGUCCAGCCAAUUGCUUCUGUUAUAUUUCUGCAUGCAUGAUGCUUGCAUGAUACGUCUGCUAAAUGGUUCGUGUAGUUUGCAGUACUGAUGCAAGAGAUGGCUGAUGCCACCCAGAGAAGAACCGCCAUUACUAAAUGUUAAUGUACCCGGAUAAAUGGGGAUAAAGGAAAGUUACUGCAUCCCCAUUUUUUCCUUUUCCUUAAAAGUCAUCUUGUGAAGCUUCUCAUAAGCUUGAGAUGCAAAGAUGGCAGGGUAUUCUAUUUGUAUCAUGGAUGUGAAGUGGUCAUAUUGUGGUUAGUUGGAUUAAAUAUCAAAAUUAAGAUGACAUUUCGUUACUUUGUAAA